AUGUCUAAUACUUUCUCGCUUGGACCCGAUGCGUACAAGGUGGCUUUGAAGUCUCUCAAAGCUUUGAAAAGUCAGGUAAAUGUCGAAAAUGGUCAAGGUGACAUUGGCAUGCCGGUCUACUUGAUCAUAAAUAUCAAAAUUCCCAUUGUCAGGGCCAAGGACUACACUCCUAGAAUUAUACCCAUAGCACACAAGUUAGAUAAGUUAGAAAAUAAGUCGAUUUUGUUGGUCACCAAAGAUCCAUCCACACCAUAUAGAACGGCGUUGACUGAAAAAGAUUCACCUACUGAAGACGUCUUCAAUCAGAUAUACACAUUGACUAAGCUAAAAUCCAUAGCAAAAGACCCGAAAAAGGUAUACAAACUCUUCAAAGAGUUUGAUAUAGUUGUAGCUGACAACAGAGUGCAUAAAUUUCUUCCAAAUAUCUUGGGGGCCCAGUUUUACCUCAAGAACAAGAAGAUUCCGUACAUGGUGCAGAUGGCCAGACCGGACCCCAACGCCGAAUUGACCCGUGCAAAGAAGUCAAACAAGCUCAAGGACGACAGAUGUGAUCCUAAGUAUGUUAAGAGCCAGAUGAAGUCGAUUGUAGGAAAUACCUCCUACCUCCCCAACAGCAAUGGGAACUGUUUGUCCGUGAAGGUAGGUAUGCACAACUGGGAAGUCAAGCAAAUCUUGAAGAACAUCGAUGAUGUGAUUCAGUACUUGACUGAGGAUAGAUUCAGACCCGUGGGUGGUGUUUUGAAGAGUGUAGAGAAUCUUGGAACCAUACAUGUAAAGACAAGUGAAAGUAUAAGUUUACCGGUAUUCACACCAGCUGACCCAGAGCCGGAAGACGACAAUGAUGAUAGUGACUUUGACUUCUAG